UAACAAUUUGUUAAACUAAUAUUCCCAUCGUUUUCGUCCAGGCAUUUAGUAAAAUCCAUGUUAUCUGUUGUUGUGGUCCUACAACCAGCAAGUGUUCGCAGAAAGCAUGACUGUUGUGAUUGGAUUUGAGGGCAGUGCUAAUAAGAUUGGCGUGGGUAUCAUCAGAGAUGGGGAAGUUCUGUCAAACCCCAGACGCACUUACAUCACCCCACCUGGCCAAGGGUUCCUACCUGGAGAGACGGCCAAACACCAUCGUGGUGUGAUUCUCACUGUGCUCCAGGAGGCACUAGAUGAAGCAGGGCUGAAAGCGGCUGAUAUUGACUGUGUGGCGUACACUAAAGGGCCUGGAAUGGGGGCUCCUCUGGUAACAGUGGCAAUUGUGGCCAGGACAGUCGCUCAGUUGUGGGGGAAGCCAUUGUUGGGGGUAAAUCACUGUAUUGGACAUAUAGAGAUGGGGCGUUUGAUCACCAACGCCCAAAACCCCACUGUCCUGUAUGUGAGCGGAGGAAAUACUCAGGUUAUUGCAUAUUCUGAACGACGUUACAGAAUAUUUGGCGAGACAAUUGAUAUUGCUGUGGGAAACUGCCUGGACCGGUUUGCAAGAGUCAUCAAGAUCUCAAAUGAUCCCAGUCCUGGAUACAACAUUGAACAGAUGGCAAAGAAAGGCACCAAGUAUAUAGAGCUGCCGUAUACAGUGAAGGGUAUGGAUGUGUCAUUUUCUGGGAUUUUGUCCUAUAUAGAGGACGCUGCUCACAAACUGCUUAGUGCAAGUCAAUGUUCGCCUGAGGAUUUGUGUUUCUCUCUACAAGAGACUGUGUUUGCCAUGCUGGUGGAGAUCACAGAAAGAGCCAUGGCUCACUGCGGCUCUCAGGAGGUUCUGAUCGUCGGAGGAGUCGGCUGUAACCUGCGUCUACAGGAGAUGAUGGGGGUCAUGUGUAAGGAGAGAGGUGCACGACUUUUUGCCACAGAUGAGAGCUUUUGUAUAGACAAUGGAGCAAUGAUUGCACAGGCCGGAUGGGAAAUGUUCCGCUCGGGUCAAGUCACUGAGCUUUCAGACUCCUGGAUUACACAAAGGUACAGAACAGAUGAAGUGGAGGUCACAUGGCGGGACUGAUGUUUGGAUCUGGUUAUUUAGGAAUGUCAGUGGCACUAAAUGUCAAGGAGUACAACUUAUAACGUACAAUCCCAUUAUACAACCUCGUGAAAUAUUCAGUUUAACAUCAGGGACAGAAGUAGUUUAAUUUCCCAGUUA